UGAUAAUUAGCGCCAAAAAGACAAAGCCCAGAAGUCAAGGAAUCAAACUUUACGCAGGUCCGUCCAUCAGGGCUGCUCGUGUGAUGACAUGAGACGCGACCCAAUUGACAAAGCCCAGAAACGCUAUAAAAAUUGGAGGGUUUAAUUAACGGCAUAAUCCAUCCCAAUUUCAAAAGUUCGUUCUACACUCUUCAAGCGCUGUCGGCUUUUCUAAGAAAGUGAUUCCAAUUUCUAGAGAGAGAGAGAGAGAGAGAGAGAGAGAGAGAGAUGGAUGCUGCAAAGGUAGCAGAACUGAGGGAGUUCGUUAGUAAGUGCAAGUCAAACCCUUCACUGAUCCAUACCCCUUCUCUUGCCUUCUUCAAGUCCUAUCUUCAAAGCCUUGGCGCUCGAAUUCCGCCGAUCCCAAAAAUGGAAGUUGAUGAGGACAUGUCAGACACUAAAGAUCAUUUUGAUGCCAAAAGACCUGAUCUAUCCCUUGAUAAUGAUGAGGAAAUUGUUGAGUCUGAUAUCGAGUUGGAUGCUACUGAUGUUGUGGAGCCUGAUAAUGAUCCUCCACAGAAGAUAGGAAACCCAUUGGUUGAAGUUACAGAAGAAAUGCAGGAUGCUGCACAGAUAGAAAAAUCAAAAGCUUUAGAUGCCAUCUCUAAAGGUAAGCUGGAUGAAGCCAUAGAUCAUAUAACAGAAGCCAUCAUGUUGAAUCCAACUUCUGCAAUAUUAAAAGCAACCAGAGCUAGUGUCUUUGUCAAAUUGAAUAAACCAAAUGCAGCAAUUCGUGACGCUAAUGCAGCUUUAGAGAUCAACCCCGACUCUGCAAAAGGAUAUAAAAUAAGAGGAAUGGCAAAGGCCAUGUUAGGUCACUGGGAAGAAGCGGCAAGUGAUCUUCAUGUAGCAUCAAAGUUAGAUUAUGAUGAGGAGAUUGGUUUGGUGCUUAAAAAGGUUGAACCUAAUGUCCGCAAAAUUGAGGAGCAUCGCAGAAAAUAUGAACGCUUACAUAAAGAAAGGGAGAUGAAAAGUGCUGAACGUGAGAGAAAGCGGCAAGCCGAAGCUCGAGAACGGGAUGCGUUGUCUGCUCUUAAGGAUGGUGAAGUCAUUGGUAUACACUCAGCCAAAGAACUGGAGACAAAGUUGAAUGCUGCUUCAAGGACAUUGCGGCUUGCAAUCCUCUACUUCACCGCAACAUGGUGUGGUCCUUGCCGUUUCAUAUCUCCUUUGUAUACAAGCUUAGCUGGAAAGUACCCAAAGGCCGUUUUCUUGAAAGUUGACAUAGAUGAGGCUGGAGAUGUUGCUGCAAACUGGAAUAUAAGCAGCGUUCCGGCAUUUUUCUUUGUAAGAAAUGGUAAGGAGGUUGACAAGAUGGUGGGGGCAGACAAAACUGCACUAGAAAGGAAGAUUGCACAACAUGCAGGCUCAACUUGAGCUAAUCCUGUAGUGGUACUUUUUUAAGUCAUAAGUUGGAAGAUAUGUCCAUCUGAGAAGAUUGUUCUAUUCCUAUAAAGUGACCGACAGUCACAAGUCAUAAAUUGUAUAUGUUAACUAGAAAUAAAAUUCUACUUUCUUGCCUAGUUGAA